AUGAUUCCAAGACAAGGCUAUGCGCCAACUCCUCAUAGCUAUGUACCCAAUACAAGUCUUUCAGCAAGCAUAAACCUCGACGAGGAGGUCAAGCUCACCAACACCCGUGCCGAGCGCGACCUCCAAGAAUCCCUCGCCGAACUCUUCAGCAUCAUCAUAACACUUGAUGAACUCGAAAAGGCCUUUUUGAAAGAUGCUGUCCCUGAAGCAGAGUAUACCGAGAUAUGCGAGCGAUCGCUGAGGCAGUAUAAGGCGCUGCUUGCUGAUGAGACGAUUGCGAGGGAGUUUGGAGAUCUUGAAGAUUUCAAGGCCAAGUGGGAUCUCGAAGCUCCUCGCGCAACCGAGCGCAUUCGUGUAGGAAUGCCCUCAACGACCAUCGAUCGAGCCCCCUCGGCACAAACUCCCGCCCCCACCGCAGCCAACAACACAAGCGGCGUUCUCAUUCUCGAAGCCACCCAAGAAUUCAUCACCUUUCUCGAUGCCGUUAAGCUCGGUCUCCUUUCCAAGGAUCAACUACACCCCCUUCUUUCCGACGUUAUCCAAUCGGUGAACCGUGUCACAGACAAAGACUUUGAGAACCGGGGCAAGAUCGUGCAGUGGCUUAUCACCCUUAACCAGAUGAGAGCGACGGAUGAGUUGAGUGAGAGCCAGGCGCGCGAGCUGGAGCUGGAUAUUCAGCAGGCGUAUCAGGGAUUCCGAAGGACGUUGACAUGA